AUGGGAAGAAAAAAUAUACAAAAUAUAAUAAAAGCAUAUUUAGAAAAUGAUAAACUAGGAUUACCAUCAGCAAAAUUUUACAAAAAUUUGGAUCGUCAUCUUCUUAAUUAUUAUAAUGACAAUAGGAAACUUAAACAAAAUGAGUUAAAAGUGUAUCAUGAUAAAUGCGAAUUAUACAAGACUAAAUAUAGAAGUGAUUUGUAUAUAAAUCUUUGUUCAGUAGUCCUAUGGUAUCUAAGUACUGAAAAUACAAUAAUUAUUGAACCAAAAAGUUACUACAAUAACUGCGAACUUUUGAAUUAUUGGACAUACAGUAGGUUAUCAUGGAUAUAUAAUAGGAAAUCUGCUCCUAUUACUACUAUGUUUGCUAAUCUUCAAAUGUUAUGGAAUUCACUUGUUGAAGAUUCUGUACAUAGUUCAUCUUACAAUAAAUGUAGUCCAAAAUUUGAAAUUAUAUAUCAACGUAACUCGAUAAAAAGGAAAGAGUUAUAUGAUUACUGCAUCGAUUAUAAAACACUUCUCAGUAGUGCUGAGUAUUAUAAAGAUAUGCGAGAUAUCAUUUAUCAGUAUUUUACAAGAAAAGUUAAAUUAUAUGAGGAAUUUAAAACGUAUUGUAGUAACGAAAAUAAACAUGAAUGUCCAGAAUUUUUUGAUGAAUGCAAGGAUUCUGAUCCAUCCGUAGCGAUAACUAAGAUUAAGUAUUAUAUUGAACAGAAAAAAAUAAUUCCUGGGAAUUCUGCUGUGCGAAGUCAAGAUACAUUUCCCGAUAAUACAAGUACAGAAAGUGAACCUUCAUCAAAAGAUCAGUCUGGUGCAAUAGAUGUAAAAACACCUGAUGGUCAUUCUAUAUCAUUGUUUGAACUUUCUCCUGUAAAUGAUUCCCUAUUAACAGUGUAUGAAGCAGAACAACUUGCUGAUUUAUUUAUAAAUCCUGACAGAUCUAGCAUUAUAAGCAUUUUGGGAAAAAUGUUUCUUGGAUUAAUUUUAUUUACAAUACUUUCUUCCAUUUUGUAUAAAUUUACACCCAUAGGAAUACGCUUGCGCAAAAUAUUUGGACAGAAAAAAAAUAUAAGUGACGUAUAUAAAAGCAAAAAUAGGUUAUUUGAUUAUUCAUCAGAAUCAUGUAACCCAAAUUAUAUGAAUGGAAAAGAACAUUUUGUAGGGUAUCAUCCUGAGUAA